AUGUUGUCGUCCUCGGCGAUGCCGCCGGUGUCGCCACGGGAGCACGUGGAGAGGAUCCGGCGUCAGCGCUACUUCAUCGGGCGUGAGGAGCGGAAUCCGCUGGCGGAGGACAUGCACCAGGCCGUCAACUACCUCAGCCAGGAGCUCUACAGCAAGGAUGUCCAUUUCCUCAUGGAGCUCAUCCAGAAUGCUGAGGACAAUGAUUAUCCUUCUGGUGUGUUACCAGCUUUGGAGUUUGUAAUCACAUCGAAGGAUAUCACCUGUAGUGGAGCAACUGCAACCCUCUUGGUAUUCAAUAAUGAGAAUGGUUUUACUCCAGCAAACAUUGAAUCCAUUUCUAGAAUUGGCAAAUCGACCAAAAAGUCUAACAGAGGUAGUGGUUAUAUUGGGGAAAAAGGUAUUGGUUUCAAAAGUGUGUUUCUGGUAUCCAAGAAUCCCCAUAUAUUUAGCAAUGGGUAUCAAAUUAAAUUUAGUGAAGAUCCUUCAGUAGACUGUGGUAUUGGGUAUAUUGUUCCUGAAUGGGUUGAAGAUUGUCCAAGUAUUGCAGACAUAAUGAACAUAUAUGGUUGUCUGAAAAGCCUCCCAACCACAACUAUUAUAUUACCUCUGAAAAGUGAUAAAAUAGAUGCUGUGAAAAAGGAGCUCUCCGGCACGCACCCUGAAGUACUAUUAUUCCUUUCCAAGAUUAGACAAAUUUCCGUGAGGGAGAUUAAUGAUGACCUGAAUGCUACUAGUCUUAGUCAAAUUUCUAUAUCAAGUGAAGCUGAUGCUUUAACUAGGAAGCAAAUUGGUGCAGAGUCAUAUACUCUUCACUUAUCAGCUUUGGAGAACAAGACAGGUGAGCGUCAAUGCAGCUACUACAUCUGGAAGCAGCAUUUUCCUGUGAAACCAGAAUGCCGUGUACAAAAGAGAGAAGGAAUUGAUCAGUGGGUUGUCAUGCUAGCAUUCCCCAUGGCUGAUUUCUUGCUGUCAUCAUCUAGAGAAUCAAUCCUGCUUGACAGCCAGUGGAACCAAGGGAUACUAGAAUGUGUAUCUUCUGCUUUUGUAAAUGCUUUCCUGGUAUUACUGAAGUCAAUAGAAAGUGCUCCAGCAUUUGCUCUUCCACCUAUUUUCAAAUUUCUGCCACUUAAUCACUCUUCCAUAGUGCUGAUAGAUUCUGUCCGGCUAUCUAUAAGAAAUAAGCUGAUCGGUGUGGAUAUAAUUCCGUGUGAGACCUGUUCUUCACUAAAAGUAUUCCGUAAGCCUACAGAGGUUUUCCGGAUAGAGUCUGCAUUCUGGAGCAUCAUAAACAGGGCAGUGAAGAUGGGAGUUGAUGUUCCCAACAUUUCAUCGCAUGGUACUCAUAUUCUGAAUUCCUACUUUGACAGCGAAGUAUAUGAUGAUGAGUUGGGAUUUCUUGGUAUUGGUUAUGUUGAUUCUGAGUGGUACGGAAAGUGUAUUCAGGGUUCAGAUCUUGUGGCACUGCUGCCUGAAGACAUUUAUUUUGAUCUUCUCACUUUUGUUGCUCAGAACUGGAAGGCUAAGUUUGAUAGCACAAAGAUGGAGAAAAUACCACUUGUGAAGUGUGUCGGCAGAGGUGGUCUACUAACUUACAUGAGUGUGUAUGAAGCCACAAAGGGCGAUGAGAGACUAUGCAUGCUAUCUGAUGAGGAAUGUGUACCAUUGAUCAUUAACUGGAAUACUGAAUUCUCAACAGCGUCUCGGACACUCUUUAUGCCACUGUCUACUCAGAAAGCACUGGGUCUGUUUCCGAAGAAAACAACUGUAAUGGAAUGGCUUGAGAAGUAUGUAGGAGUGAAGAGUCUGACCCUACAUGAGUAUGCUCUCGUUGUUGUUAAAGCUUUGCAUGAGAAAAACAUGGUUCUUUCUUUUACUCGAUUCAUAUAUCACUUGCAUUCAGAGAAUUUAAUGCCAGAAUGGAAUGUAAAGCAUAUAUGCAAUUUAAUGCCCAUAGUUGACAAUUGUGGUUGUGUCGUUGCUGCAAGAAGCACGGUUCUUGUUCCAUCUAAAGGAAAGAAAGCACUUCUCCUUCUGGAAUGGAUUGAGAAUUUAAGGACAAGGGGUAUAUGUAUACCUAAAAAAUUCUUAAGUUGCAUCAAGUAUGGGAAUUGGCUCAAGACAUCUGUUGGCUACCGUUCACCAGCAGAUUCGUUCUGUUCAAAUGCAGAAUGGGGUUGCUUGUUUCAGGAUAGAGUUGCCUUUGCUGAUGUGCCAAUGAUUGAUCAAGAAUAUUACCUGGGCAAUAUUAUUGAUUUCAAGGAAGUAUUGGGAACACUAGGUGUGAGGUUUGAAUUUGCUGAAGUGAUGUCAUACAUAGGCAAUCAUUGUUUCAUGUCAAUGGUAACAGGUACUCCAACGGGUGACAUGGUGUUAUCACUGCUCCGUUUCAUCAGAUUCCUUGAACAGGAACACAUACAGUCUGAUCAUCUCAUUGAGACCGUCAGAGGCGGCAAUUGGCUGAAGACUUGCUCUGGGUACAGAUCCCCAGUCGGAUCAGUUCUUUUCAGUUCUGAAUGGACAGUACCAUCUGAAAUAAGCAGUUUACCUUUUGUUGACAUCGAUUUCUAUGGCCCUGAAAUCAGUGAUUACAAGUCAGAGCUUGAGAAACUAGGAGUUCAUGUCACAUUAAAAAAGAAUUACAAUAUCAUUGUUGAUAACUUCAAGAUUCCAACAGGUCCAGUUACUUCUGGUGCUGCUACGCUAUUAUUGAAAUGUAUCAGAUAUGCCGACUCAUGCAGGAACCUGGUGAAGGUACUAAAGAAUCGACAAUGGUUGAAGACUAAUGCUGGAUUUAGAGCUCCUCGGGAAACAUUUAUCCUCGAUCCAGAGUGGAAAUGCCUUGUAAAAUUUGCUGAUGCAGUUCCACUACUCGAUUUGUCGUUCUAUUCUAAUGAAAUCCUAACCUACCGGGACGAACUGAUGAAGAUAGGUGUCGUACUUAGUUUGGAGCAGGCAAGCAAUUCCAUAACCAAUUAUCUGAAGCAACUCUUGUCAACAUCUUCCCUUACAAAGGAAAUUAGACUUGCUCUGCUCUCAUGCUACAAGGAUCUGAGGGAUGAGCACAAAACAUUCCCUGCAGAUAUUCUCAAAUUUAUGCAAAAACAGAAGUGGCUGAAUACUACACAAGGUUUCAGGACUCCAGACAAAUGUGUGUUUUUUGAUUCUUCAUGGGAACCAUUGAUGGCAGUUGCAAGACUACCGUUCAUUGAUGACAGUGACUCGAGCAAUGGCGUGGGGAAGGAAAUAUACAGCUAUAAGAAGGAGCUCAAGGCCUUGGGUGUUAUUGUAGGUUUUAACCAGGGAGCAGACUUCAUCUUAUCAUGCCUAUCUACGGCAGAGAAACCUCAAAUGCACAUGCCCAAUGUUGUUAACCGUUACACUGGGAUGAUUGUCAGUGACUCUGGGAUCACCAGUGAGAGCACCGAACAGAAUGUAGUACCCAUGUCUGUUGCUGACUGCCCACCUUUACUUGUGAGCUCAACUCUUGAAUCUUUGUUGAAAUGCAUGCAGACAUGCACCGAUCCCAGAAACUUUGCAGCACAAAUUAGAAACAUGCAAAUGAAAACAACUCUUGGAUACAGGUAUGCAGAUCAAUGUAUCCUUUAUGACUUGGCAUGGUCUUCAUAUCUCCGCAGGGAAGAUGGUCCUUUCAUCGAUGAAGCAUUCUAUGGAUCUGAAAUAUUGUCAUACAAGACUGAGCUAAGACUGAUCGGAGUUGUUGUGGACAUUGGCUACGGAUGCACUCUGUUGGAACAGGACUUGAAGCACUUUUUGAGAGUGGAUACCAUAACCAGGAUCUACAAAUACUUUGCAGCAUUUAAAUGGGAUCCUAGAAAUAAAGGUCAAAGCUGGAUUUGGAUACCCAAUGGAAGCAGCAGUGGCCACUGGGUGCGCCCUGCAGAUUGUGUUCUUCAUGACAGGAACGGCCUGUUUAGUACGCGCUUCUCAGUCUUGGACAAGUACUAUGAAAAGGAUUUGCUUGCAUUCUUCUCCACUCUUGGUGUCAGGCACAACCCAAGAGUUUUAGAUCACUGCAUUCUGUGGCGCUCUUGGGAGUGCACAUGUUCUGAGCUCACACCAGCUAGAUGUUCAUUUUUCUGGGAAUUCAUUGGAAACCGUUGGAAUGCGACAACAGCAAAGCUCCUUUCAGGGUCUGUCACAAGAGUCCCUGUUCUAUCCUGUGGCAAGAUCAUCCUGCGGGAGGUGGAAGAUGUCUUUGUUCCAGAUGAUCUCCUCCUGAAGCAUUUGUUUGAUCAGUUUUCUUCAGAGCCACUAUUUGUUUGGUAUCCAUCUGGGAUAUCAUUCACUGCUCGAGCUAAGAUGGACACUAUCUACCAGAGCCUCGGUGUUCGAGCAAUCUCCAAGUCUGUCACAAAAGUUGAAUCCUGUGAUUUGAACAUGCAUCACUACCAGGUAGUUGAGGCAAGAGAUGCUUUUGUAUCACCAGGCUUGCUCAGAAUAAUCCUAGCUUUCCUUACCAACCCCGUUCUUGAGAACGGUGCUGACAAGAGGCACCAAAUGGCUUCUUACCUACUGGGCAUGAAGAUCUUUGAUAUGACCGAACCAAUUAGUGUGAGCUACAACGUAAAGACAUCAUUGGGAAGAACUGUGACAGUUAAAGGACGGAGGAUAUUCAGGUGGGAUAGGGAGAACCGCAAGUUGUACAUGCAGAGGUCUGAUGGGCCACAUGGAAGGAUAACUAGGAUGGAGAUGGCGACAAGCUUUGGCGAGGAGAUCUCUCAAGGGCUGCUGUAUGAAAGAGUUGAUCUGAUUCCGACUCUCACCGAUCUUCUCAAGGUUGGAUUCUUGGUUGAUUUUGACGAGGAUGAGGUUGAGUUCCUGCUCAGGACCAAGAAUCUCCAGCUUUUUUCAGAGGAUGAAGAUUUUAUCAUGGGUUCAUUCUCUUCUCACUGA